CUCCCCUUUCAUGUGUAAAUUGCAGCGAACGUUUGAGUCGUUCUUUCGCAUUUUUCCCUCCCCUUGCCAAAUUUGUGCUAGUGUUCCUUUCUUUUCUUUUCUUUUCAUUUCAUAUCCUCUGAUAACACUAUUCUUUAAAGGAAGCUUGUGUGUGCUUUGAUCCGUCGUUGUUACUAUACGCUGCUCCAUAGGAAAGCUGCUUUGGAGAGCUUGUUAACCUGUUGAUCCAUACGGCAUUUUAUUUCCUUUGCGGUGUCUGAGCUAGGUGCUUCUUUCUGCCCAUUUUCCACCAGUAUCCACACCUCCGUAUCGAUAGAGCGAAGCAGCAGUGGGAUACACUGUGCGGUUGAGUUGGAAGAGAUCACGAGAUAGAGUCGAACCAAGACGGGAGAGCUCAGCGUAAGAGACAGAGUAUCGCCUACAGAGACAGAGAAAGAGUAAUGUCCCGAGUGAUUUACCUAUAUACAGGGCCUGCUGAACAGGCACGUGAGAGGGCUAAGUUGUACGAGGUUGGGACGCGUGCAUCUUUCAUCCAUACGACUGAUAAGCUAUCCGUUGUGAUAAAGUUCAUCAGCGUUGUUGGUAAGUCGGACUUGGACCUGAAUUAUCCCACCAUCUUUAUCAUCAGCGACGACGUUGGUGAUGGUUCCAUCACCGCGGCUGAGCGCGAGCUUGAUGCCCUAGUGUUUGAGGAUAUCCGUACGCUGUUAGAGGAGCACUACAGACAUUUGAACGUGCUGGUGUACAAGGAAUCGCUGUUGAACAUGCUUGAGGUCCGUGCUACUGUGGAGAAAUACCACAGGCUCUUGAAGAACAGGCUCUUGAGGAUGAAAACAUGGGCUGGCUUAAACAACGAGGAGGCCGUGGACUGUCCUAUGAUUUAUUCCAUGCCGAACUGUUUAAAAAUGAUUAUGAAUACGAGUGACGAGAGAUCAACAAUGUUGAGGGAAUAUAUACUCAAGAUCAACAAAGCUGUUAAUUUUGAGAAGUUGUUAUCCUGCUCCCGUCCCUCUUUCAGCUUUUACCAAAGUGCUAUAGGCUCAUGGGGAUUCAUUGCACAUGAAUUGUCCUGCGACGAGUCCACUGUGUGUGCCUACGCCAUGUUUAAACAUACGUUGGCUCAACUUCCACCUUCUUCGCCGUUGAUGAUUUCCAACAACGAUCUAAUGUCUUUCUUGUUUGCCAUUAGAGAUUCAUAUCGUGGUGGUAAUGCGUUCCAUAACUUUCGUCAUGCCGUGGAUGUCUUACAAGCGACUUUUUACCUGUUGAUACGGCUUGGAGCCCUUCCUACACCUGAAGGGUUUUCCGUCGAUAUAGAAGGCGUACCAACCUCGGUUCACCAACCUACAAUACCUGCACUCUUGGAUGCUGAGAACUGCUUGACACUUCUGUUAGCAUCUGUGGGCCAUGAUGUUGGUCAUCCAGGACUGACAAACGAUUUUCUUGCAAAGUUCAAAGCGCCUUUGAAUACUGUGUUUUCAUCCAAGGCAGUACUAGAGAGCUUCCACUCUUCAUGGUUUAAACGUUGUUUACGCCUUCAUUGGCCAGUAUUCCUGCAAGAGCCUUGGAACAAAUUACAAACUGAAACGAUAUUGGCUACAGAUAUGGCUUCUCACUUUGGUUAUGUUAAAAUGAUACAAGGGCUGGUCAAAACAGGCCAACAGUUGAAGGCUCCGAGUGAUGUUGUUGUGUUGAUGUCUAUCAUCAUCAAAUGUGCAGAUAUCUCUAACGUUACACGCCCACUAAACGUUUCAUCACGCUGGGGUAUCAUUCUCACACGCGAGUUCAACGAAAUUGCAGAAUUGUCCAAGCACUUGUCAGCAAAUUCUGACUUAUAUCCAAUUGUGGAUCCUAGGGAGGAACCUCACUUCCCAUUGACUUACCAGAAGGCAAUUGAAGAGAGUCCUCAGCUACCAAAGAGCCAAAUGUUCUUCAUAUCACAUUUUGCCGAUGCAAUGUUCAAAGAAGUUGCAGCAUUGAUACCAGAAUUCGCAUUCAUGUAUGAGGUACUACAGGCCAAUACCACGGUCUGGAAGAGCGCUAUCGAACCAGCAGCUGCCUAAAACAACAUAUCAUGAGCCGAUUGAUGUUGCUCAUCAGCCCGCUACUUGCACUAAUAUUUUUCUUUCUGUUUGCAUAUUUCCCCUAGAUUACGAAGUUGAUUUUCUCUACAUUAGCCAUGAGAACCUGUUCUUUAUAUUUAUUUGAUACUUGAUUAAUAACAUAAAGAGUGAAAGCUCAACCCUAAUAACACGAAAUUAUUAUGAUCUUGGUGAUUCCUUUUCCUCUC